AUGAAUCCUGAACAACAAUUAUUUUUUACUGGUGUUAGACUUGAUGAACUUAAAUUAUUUCUAUUACAGAAGCAGUUCUGUUUACCACCACCUCUAGUUUUGGAUGAGGACAUCAUCCUUAAAGACAUGAUAGAAGCCGGCACAAGGAAGUCCCUCGCUGAGCUCAAACCACAAUUUGACGUUGCACUCAAGGAGCUCAAAGAAGCCAUUGCCAGCAACUCCCCGCUGUCGCAAGAUGAGCUAACAGCCGCAUUUUCUGCAUCCAUCAGUGAGGCUAACGGGCAUAUUGUGUCCUCUUUAAAUAAGUUAAAGCAAGAAGUGAAGAGUUAUGGUGAAGAUGGUGCCAUUAACAAGGACGACAUGCUUCGAGCAUGCACUACUGCUUUCAGUCAGGCGAACAGUCAUAUUCUGUCUUCCUUAAAGAAGUUAAGGCAAGAAGUGAAAACUUUUGGUCAAACUAGCGCCACCAAUAAUGAAGACAUUUAUGAAGCAUGUUCGUCAUCCUUCAAUCAG